AGGAGACGCCGCCGAGCUGGCAUGGGCCAACCCGCUGAUGACAGCAGCCGACGACAACAUGAGGACUUCGAUGCCGUAAUUCACCCAACUCCGGGCGAAAUCUAUCUCGCUUACUGGGAAAUGUCCAGAAAUUGGUCGCCCGUGCUUCUCCUCCCCCAGGAUCGUCUCGAUAAUGUUGGCGUGCCAGACACACUUGAGGGCCUGGGUCUUAUGGAUCAUGUGCCAAAGUGCUAUGUUUAUGAUCAACGCAUGAAAAAGUUCAAGUGGCAGGAAGCAUACGAAAAUGGCGGGCCUCUUGUUGCGAAGCGUGAGUUUCCCGUUAUGUACUUUGACGGCUUGAAAUUUCCAGAGAGGAGCUCAGUCGGUUGGGUGGCUGCCGGAGACCUCCGGACUUUCGACGUUAAAGGUUCCAAUUCCUCUCUCGUCCCAUAUUUCAAAUCAGUGCAGGACUUUCUCCGGAAUCAUGCGGCA